CGGCGGCGGCUACCCCGCCCGGGCUCCAUUGUUGCGGCGGCGCGGCUCUGCCGGUUGCUGGCUGCGCUCCUGUCGGGCCGGGCGCGAGCGCUGCGCGGCGGCGGACGGAGCAAUGGAAGAGUUAAUAGUUGAACUUCGUCUCUUUCUUGAACUCCUGGACCAUGAAUAUCUGACAUCAACUGUCAGGGAGAAAAAGGCAGUAAUAACCAACAUUCUGCUGAGGAUACAGUCAUCGAAAGGUUUUGAAGUGAAAGAUCAUGCUCCGAAGCAAGAGACCACCAACAGCCUGCCGGCCCCUCCUCAGAUGCCUCUGCCGGAGAUCCCUCAGCCCUGGCUGCCUCCAGACAGUGGGCCUCCACCAUUACCGACGUCCUCCCUCCCAGAAGGUUAUUAUGAGGAAGCUGUGCCACUGAGUCCUGGAAAAGCUCCAGAAUACAUCACAUCAAAUUAUGACUCAGAUGCCAUGAGCAGCUCAUAUGAGUCAUACGACGAAGAGGAGGAGGACGGGAAGGGGAAGAAGGCCCGUCACCAAUGGCCCUCUGAGGAGGCCUCCAUGGACCUGGUGAAGGAUGCCAAGAUCUGCGCCUUCCUGCUGCGGAAAAAGCGCUUUGGCCAGUGGACAAAGCUGCUCUGCGUCAUCAAGGACACCAAACUCCUGUGCUAUAAAAGUUCCAAGGACCAGCAGCCUCAGAUGGAACUGCCACUCCAAGGCUGCAACAUUACAUAUAUCCCGAAAGACAGCAAAAAGAAGAAACACGAGUUGAAAAUUACUCAGCAAGGCACAGACCCACUUGUCCUGGCAGUCCAGAGUAAGGAGCAGGCCGAGCAGUGGCUGAAGGUGAUCAAGGAAGCCUACGGUGGCUGCAGUGGACCCGCAGAUUCAGAGUGUCCUCCUCCGACAAGCCCCCCAGUGCACAAGGCAGAACUAGAGAAGAAGCUGUCCUCAGAGAGACCCAGCUCGGAUGGAGAGGGUGUUGUAGAAAAUGGAAUUACUAUGUGUAAUGGAAAAGAGCAAGUGAAGAGGAAGAAAAGUUCCAAAUCAGAGGCCAAAGGAACCGUAUCCAAAGUCACCGGGAAAAAAAUAACCAAGAUCAUCGGUCUGGGAAAGAAAAAGCCGUCGACAGACGAGCAGACGUCUUCAGCUGAGGAAGACGUCCCUACUUGUGGCUAUCUGAACGUGCUUUCCAAUAACCGCUGGCGGGAGCGCUGGUGCAGAGUAAAAGAUAAUAAGCUCAUUUUCCACAAGGACAGGACCGAUCUGAAGACGCAUAUUGUCUCCAUUCCUCUCCGUGGCUGUGAGGUGAUCCCAGGCUUGGAUUCCAAACACCCACUGACUUUCCGACUGCUUCGCAAUGGGCAGGAGGUUGCUGUGUUAGAGGCAUCUUCUUCUGAAGAAAUGGGCAGAUGGAUUGGAAUUUUACUAGCUGAGACAGGGUCAUCCACAGACCCAGGUGCUCUUCAUUAUGACUAUAUAGAUGUGGAGAUGUCUGCAAACGUCAUUCAGACAGCCAAGCAAACCUUCUGUUUCAUGAACAGGCGUGUUAUAUCUGCUAACCCAUACCUAGGGAGCACGUCCAACGGCUAUGCCCACCCCAGCGGGGCGGCACUUCACUAUGAUGACGUCCCCUGCAUAAACGGCUCGCAGUUCAAGAGUAAAAAGCCCCCAGUGGCAUCUAAUGGGGUUACAGGAAAAGGGAAGACUCAGAGCAGUCAGCCAAAGAAAGCUGAUUCUGCAGCCGGCGUGAAACGGACAGCGUCAAAUGCUGACCAGUACAAAUAUGGCAAGAACCGGGUAGAGGCUGACGCUAAGCGGUUACAGACCAAAGAAGAGGAGCUGCUGAAGAGGAAAGAAGCCCUGCGGAACAGGUUGGCCCAGCUCCGAAAAGAAAGAAAAGACCUUAGAGCUGCCAUUGAAGUGAACGCUGGCAGGAAGACCCAGGUGAUUCUGGAAGAUAAGCUAAAGAAGCUGGAGGAGGAGUGUAAGCAGAAGGAGACUGAGCGCGUCAACCUGGAGCUGGAGCUGACAGAGGUCAAGGAGAGCCUCAAGAAAGCGCUGGCGGGCGGGGUCACUCUGGGGCUGGCCAUCGAGCCAAAGUCAGGGACAUCGAGUCCACAGUCUCCCGUGUUUAGGCAUCGGACUUUGGAAAACUCGCCCAUCUCCAGCUGUGACACUAGCGACGCGGAAGGCCCCAUGCCAGUGAACAGCGCGGCCAUCCUGAGGAAGAGCCCGCCGGCCUCAGGCAGCUCCCCCUGCCGUGGGCACGUGCUGCGGAAGGCCAAGGAAUGGGAAUUGAAGAACGGGACAUAAAGGAAAAAGGCGAUUAUGCCUCAGCCUCAGAGAGAGACUGUGCACCCUUUCCCGUGUCCUCAUCGAGUGACCACAGGAAGCCCUCCCCAACGUGGCCUCAAGCAGCGCACCUGCCAGGGUUCUGCAAUGGAGUUCUGAUGCCAGCGCCUGACCAAGCUCUCGUGUAUUCUGUCUACUGUAUAAUGGUGCCCCUAAAAACAUUCACUUGUAAGACUUUGGUUUCCAACUUUGUUAUAAAACAAAAACAGAGGGAUGAAAAGUUACUGUCAAGAAUCCUGUGGUAGGUGGAGGAUUUACACCUUUCUGACCAGUUAAAAGAUUGGUUUAAGCAAUUUUAACCUAGUCCCAGCCUGAAGGUGGAUGGACUAGUGAGCCCUGGGGGAAGCCUCGGACUGGACCCGGAGGAGUGUGGGACCCGGAGGAGUGUGGGCCCCGGAUGCUCGGCAGGCAUCCAGAUCGCCUGCAUGGCCGCUGGGAAGGCAGGGGCUACGUAGCUGUGACGGAGUGGCUUGAGUCCUCAUGUCCUGGCAUCCCUUCCUUUUGUGCCUUCCCCCCCGUCACUGGAGGUAAAGUCAUGAGACAGUUGUGCUGUGAAGCAUUUUUUACCUUCUAAUGAUUUUUCUCUGGACAUAUGCUUUUGUCACCAGGGCGUGAAAAGCUGCCAUUCUUUUUAACCUGUUUUCUAAAAGUGUCCCUUUUUAUCAUGGGUCACACUUAGAUCUAAGGAUUUUUCAGAGAUUCUGUAUCCUAUUUUAUUAAUUAUUUGUACUGCUUUUGAAAGGCAGCAGAGUGUUUUUAAUACGUCACUAAUGGGCACACUUUUCCCCCUUGGCCCGAUGUCCCCAACCCUUUCCACCACCCCCAAGCCGGCAGGUGCUCCUCAGAGAGCCAGGCCGCCACACAGGGUGGGCGGGGCUGUGUCAUCAUUUGUCUACAGGAUGUGCACUGAUGCAUGGGCUGGAACAGUCCUUUGAAAAGGAAGCAAGUUUUGGAACUUGCACUGUUAUAGAACUGUCACAAUUUGGGGCAAGAGAUGGGCCUUUGAGAGCUCCUUGCCCCCCUCAGCCCCUUCCUCCAGCAGUGAAUAGAGGCCACGAGGGGUCCGAGGAUCUGGUCCCGCUGUUUCUCUCCCAAGCAUGGUAGGCCUGGGCAGGGCCUCUUCCCCGCUUCUCGCACCUGCCUUCUGUGCAAUAUUUCUUGGGGAGUUUGGAUGCCCGAGGCGUAAAGAGAAAAACAAGUUCAUAGUUUGGGCUAGUGUCUCCCCCAUGGGUCUAAGAAUCAGAUUAACUUCUUGGCCUCCAGAGGGCCACUGUCAGGAAUUCUCCAUCACGGGAAGAUGCAGUCACUGAUGAGGAGAUGAGUUAGUCACCCCAGAAACCCUCCGCAGAUGAUCGUGGGGGCCAGUCGCCCAUGUGUGGUGGGUCCUUCCCCCUACGUGCAGAGCUGUAAUGAUGCUGCACUUGGCACAAGCCUCUUAUCCACCGUCCAGAAUGUCUUUCCCAUCAAAUGUAGAAAGAGAUGGCAGGAAGACACAGCUCCUGCAUGUUCCAGGCACCCUUUCAGAGCAUGUCCUAAGCUCAGCCGGCCAUGCACAGGCCUUCUCAGUUAGGAUUAAUGUUUAAUACCAGGGCCCUGAAGCCCAGCAAGGGUUGUAUUUGAUUUUACUUACUAGAGCAUGAAAGUAGUCUCGAGUGUAUAAGAAAGUUUUACAACAAGAAUUGGAACCUGCUUAACUUGAGUCCACCUGAAACUUGAAUUUAUUGCCAAGCCAUCUGCCAGGAGCAUUUUUGGCUCAUGAGCCGUCAGCUGGCAUCCUUGUGCUCCGGCUCCUUCCUUCACAGCGUAAUAAAUGGGGGCACAGCACGCCAGCACUGAUGACAUCAGCUCCCGCUAGGAAUGCCUAAGGGCAAGGAGGGGGAAGCCUUCUAGAAGCUUUGCCGAGGUCUUCCCACUCCUCUUGUGGUGAUCUGUCCUAUCAUCACAGGCAGCUGUGACCACCUUGUAUCAUAUGAAACUAAUUUUCUGUAAAGGGAAAAAAGUUUGUUCUACCCUAGGGUUUUGCUGCCUUUGCCCAAGAGAGCAGUGCCAGGUUUUGAUGGUUAUUAAGAGAAGGGGGAAGAUGGCCAGCCCGGACUCUUGGUGCAGCAGAAGUCACGUCAGUCAUCUGGCGGGCGGGGCACUAACAGAGCAUCAGGCGUAGCACAUAGACCUCAGACCUCACCCGGAAUGUUGUCUUCAUCUGGCAAGUGGAGACCCUGAAGCUUUGGGAGUGUGUCUUGACCAAGGACAUGGCUGAUUGGAGCCAGAGUAGGAUCUAGGCCCCGGCCUUCUGACUCCUGGUAUACAUAUUCUGUAUUUAAAACCCCGUGUUUGUAACUCACUUUUCAAACCCACAGCCUUGGGAAGAAGACAGCAAACUGAAGUGAUCAGCAGGCUGUGGAAGGCGAGGCUCUGGCAUUGGGCUCUCAUGUGGUGUGUUCCCCUUGACGUUUUUAGAUGUGAUCAGAGAUUUCAUUUAAAGCAUUUGCUUAAAAAUAAGUUAUUUAUUUGUAGUGUAGUUUUUAAUUUAUAUCUGUACAUAUUAGGCACACGUGAGACACCUUGUCGUCCCAACAUACAUCUCAUUUUAUUACCCUCCCAAAACAUGCCCCAGGAGCGAGCACCCCUGCCGCUGGGGCAGCCAUGGGCACAACUGUUUGUGACAAGGCCAUGCUGAGUUGGGGAAGGGCCCACCAGCUCCUUGCAGGGAGGGUGUGGUCAGAUUCCACUGGAGAAGUCAGACUUCUUUUGAGAUGCUCCAUGACUUUAACAGUUGUUAUGUUCAUGAAUUUAGUAAGAUGCUGGCCAGGGCACGAGGCAUGCAGGGGCCAUGGGGGCGGGCCAGGCAAGACCACCAACCAGCAGAUCCUGGGGCCCUUCUGUUAUGACUCGAAGCCACAGGGCCUGCUCUGGCUCUAUUUUGGUAAGGUGUCGUCAGCCUUCACAGAUCCCCUCCAUUUUUAUAUUUUUAUAAUGCCUUUGAUUCACUAACCCACCUUCUGCAUAGAAACUCUGUCAUGCUUAAAGGGCUGGCUUCGGUUCCCGACUUGGGCACAAGCAUGGCCUUCAUUCCCCUCCACCCAGAUGCUGUGGGGGUUCAGGAAGCUCCCUCAGCUUCAGGGGUUGGUAGCAACACCGCAGGGUCUGCUGAGUCGCCCAGGUGCCGGAUGGACCCCUCUAGAACCUUCCCAGAGCCAUUCUCUCAGGACGUCUGGGGACUGUUGACCAGCCACAUGUGUGAGCCCCAUCUCGUUCCCUCCACACAUGUGCCUUGAAAGUGGCAAAUCUCCAACCUAUCAGAGCAGUUUGGGUUAUUUAGAAAUAGCCAAAAAUAACUUGGGGGACAAGAAAGACAAAUGAGGGAGAUCGGGCUUGGCAAUACCAAGAAAAGUCUGUUUCACCAAAAAAUGUGUAUCCUCAGCUCUGAAGGUCCCCCAGGGAGGAGUUUCAGGUUUGUUGUGAUUGUGGCCGCAAUGUGGAGUUUGUGUGCAGGUCUCCAAGGGCAGCUUUGAGGUGAGGGUUGGGCAUGGGGGUUGUGGGCAAAACUCAUUUGUUUGCCGUCACAUCUUCUAGAAGAGAAUGUUUACUGUUAACAUGCUAUUUUGGGGGAAAUGUAAGUUUUACCCUCAGACCUAGCUCCCCAGGCAGUAUCCUCUGUUCAUUCACCUGAGUCCCAUUGUUAGAAACCUUCCAAGGGUGUAUAGCACCAAGGUGAGCUCAGGUCUCUCCCACCCAGACAAGGGACGUGCCUCAUACAGGCGGCCGGGACUGACACCCUGAUCUCACAGGUGGCCCCUCCAACCCAGCAGAUGUGAAUAUUUCAUGCCUCUUCCAGGAGGAUGGCACUGGAAAUUUCUACUGCACCAGCAACAGCAGACAAGAUGUUCCUCAAUUUGCAUAAAGGUCACAGCCACAUUUAAAUGUUAAACUAUUGCCUUCCUCUUUUUUUUUUUCCCCAAAAAUAAUUUUAAUGAGAACGAUAAUUUCAAAUUCAUGACAUAUUUUUAAAUAAAGUAAGUAAUUUGGGGUUACUGUUGUUAAUUCUGUCUUGUUACUAUCCCAUGAUGGGCUGGGUUCACACUGUGAAAUAAACUAAAGACGAACUAAAACGUCCGGGCCAUCUACACGCGUGGCACAGCACUGUGGGAAAGCAGAGCCACCUCUGUGGACCCCCAAGUCACAGCAGGACGGCUCGGCAUGCUCAGAGGAAAGAACACCUUGCUGGCUUCAGUGCAUCCUUUUGCCCAUCUUUUGUGAAAUAUUUCCAAUUAUAUUCUUCCAGAAAAGCUCUACUUUACGGUGUACAAGUAUUACCAGGUAUUUUUAGUUGUUGCCAUUGAAGAUAUUUUUGAAAUUGGAUCUUCAGAUGGUAAUUCUUAGGGACCAAAGUUGUUUUAAUAAGAUAAUCUUAUUUGAUUUUCUAACAUGAAAGGAAGUAUUUGCUUUAAAUUUUAACAUCAACUUUUAAAUUAUAAAUAUUCAGAA